AUGAUCCUAAGAAUCACCUUCUCCCUCUACUCUCCCAAAACCCGGGAACUUGUGAGGUCACUCAACUUCAAAGCUGACAGUUUCAAGGUGCAUAUCGGGAACAAGAUAAGCAUCUGGAUAGCCUACAAAUAUCAAAAAAUCGAUUUGGAUUUCUUUGCCAACCGGGGUGAAAAUCAGGAGCCACGCGUGGAGCUGGAGCCACCCGGAUUCACAGAGCUAUCGAUUCCAGAUGGCAGACUUAAAAUCUAUAAAAAAGAAUACGAGAUGAAAGAUUGGGUUGAUCAUUUCCUAUAUAUCUUUCACACCUCGAGAAUCAUGGAGCUGCAACUGAGCAGUAAUCGAUAUGAUAUAAACUCGCUAUACAAGAAUUUCGACAAAGUCACCACUUUAAUUUGUAGCCUCGAAGAUAGAGACAUUUACACCAGGGAGUUUAUAGAGACUUUCAAAAAUGUAGAGAAUCUUUACAAUGCUGGACGAUUUCUAUACGAGGGGAAGGAAACUGACUGUCAUCAGAUUCUAAUGAGAAACUACACCUGCCUAGACUUUUUCCACUCGACUACAUUGGGAUUGGAUGAGUUGCUCAUGAUAAACAGCAUCAACUGCACGUUUUUCUAUGAGUCUUUCACUGAGAAAGAGAUGAACAUGUUUCUAAAACACUGGAUUAAAGGGUCGAACCCUAGACUGGAGUGCCUAUUCACUCAUAGCAAACGAGGAGUCGGAAGUGAUGAAAAGUGUCUGUUGAGAGGGAUUGAGUACACGGAAGCACCUGCGUCAAGGGAGAAGAUAUUCAAUAUCAAUGAUGUGCCACCGGAGUCUUAUUUUGUUGAGGGAGGAGUUGAUAUCAAGAGAAAAGAUGGGAAGAUGGCGACACUUAUUAUCAGUUACACGGAGACGAGUGUGCCGGUCCAGAUAGAGAACGCGCGCAUUCUACAGCAGCACACCGCCUCAUCACCGUCGUCCUUCUCAUUGAUUCCCAUCAUCUCUUCUGCAGUCAUGACGUCUUUUUUCCCUCUCCUCAACCUCCCUUCCGAAGGGAUUCUCCACGUGCUCAAAUCAAUGGAUUAUGGAGAAUUCAUCAGUAUCUCAUUACUUUCCGAAAGAGCAAAGCGAGCCGUGGAAUCAACGAACUUGCAUUGUAGAAUGUCAUCUGCUGUCAUAUCCAAUCCGAUUAGGUUAUCUAUGACUUUUUACAAAGCACACGUGGAUUUGAGGUUCACAAUGGAUGAAGUUCGAAAGAAUCGAACAAAUGAUUUUUUGUCAUUGCCGAAAAAAGUGGAAGUGGAAUCGAAAAUUUAUAACAAUACACCAGUAAAGGAGGUAGAAUUGAGUGUGAAUGGACUCAGCCUCAAGAAAUGGUUCAAUCAUCUCAAAGCAAUUUUCCAUUUUUCCAAGUUAUAUUGCCUUCAAUUGAAUGAGAAUGUGUCCCGUUUUGAUAUCAACGAGCUGCGGACCAUGUUCCAUAUCUACGAUACACUCUAUAUCUUUAGUGAUAAUGGAUGGGAUGUGAAAUCAAUGUUGCAACAUUUCUCGUCUAGACGACUGGUGUUUGAUAAUGAUGUUUUUAAGAGACUGGAGAAUCCGUAUCAACUGUUAAUUCAAAAUUAUGAUGAACUUGGGAUAUCGCCAGAAUUAGAUUCACCAAAUACCUUGGAGUUGGAUGAUUUACUGACCAUAAAUAGUAAAUCAAUAAAUUUCUAUAGUUUAAACUGGGCGGAGAAAGAAGUCAACAGAUUUCUCAAACAUUGGGUGAAAGGGUCUAAUCCCCGAAUGGAAAUGCUUCGCAUUGAGUUUUUCUCACCAGAACUUCUCAACAAAUGUAAUAUUUUCAAAGGGAUUAAGGGCAAGGAAGUGCCUGCUGAUCAUACGAGAUGGUUCAAGUCCUACGAUGAAAAAGUCGAAGCUGUCAAAGGAGGAUUUGACUUCUAUAGACGUGAUGGGACAAAAGCUACAAUAGUUCUCGGGAAGUAUGGCAUCAAUAUGGUGGAAGUGUACGUCUGGUAUCCACAUCGUGUGGGAAAGGCGGAAGAAAUGGAAGACUAA